CGUUGCACAUGCAUCAUCCAGGUCCUGCAGAUUCCAGCCUCAUCCACAAUCACAAUCUGGGUCUCGAUCGUAGGGCUAUGAAGCGGCUCGGUACAAAUGUUAAAGAAAGUGACGAAUGAAAUAAAAGCCUCCAGACGCCGUUCAAGAUAGUGUCUGCGGCUCGCAGUGUCAGCGAGACGGACAGCCACUACAACAAUCAAGCUUCAAACAAGCUUGAGAUUAGGUUUAUUGAGAGCUGUCACGCGCUCGAUUAUGGAGAUGUUCCCCAUACUUUGCGAUAGAUGGUAAGAUGGUAUUGUCAGGUGGUGGGGGCUAUUGGAGUCAAGAAGGAUGAAGUUUAGGCAUGUGGGAAGUGGGAGAGCUUCCCAUGCGGGAAUUUCCCACUGCCGUCAAACCCCGUCAACUGGCCGUGCACUCUUCUCGAUUCCUCCCGUGCAGCUGCAGUCAACUCCCAGCAACUCCCAACAAAUGCUAGCAGAAUACCGACAAAGCGCCUAUCUCGCUUUAACUGUCGCGUUAAAAGCUCCUGAGCGCUGUCGGUCACCUGCAAUGCCAUCGAGUAGGCCCGAAAGCUCUGACAGCGAGGCGACUCUGGUGCGUCCUAGCAGCAUGCCGGACUCGACAGCCACCCGCUAUUGGAGUCCCCAGAUCCUUCUCAUACCUCCUGUCGAGUUUGCGGGGAAACAAGCUAAACGCCAAUUUGAAGCCCCGUCCGCUAUUGGACACUUUCUCUCCUCCCGCAUUGAAGAUGUCAUGGAUUUGAUCCGGCAUCUCAGUGGCGCAUGCAACGAGUGGUUACAUUUCCCAUAUGCAUGCAGCUGCAAAACAAAGUUACGUCUACGGCUUGCCCGUCACUUGACAUGGGGAUCAUCAAAGCUCUUUGCUGGGAUCCAGACCCCAUGAGCUUACUACAACCGGGGGUUUCGAGGAUGCCAAACCUUGGCUCUGCCAAUCGUGGAGCCUAGUUUGAGCGAUCUUUCCUCCUUUGAAGUCAAGGCUGGCAUGGUCGAGGAUGCAUAGAGGGGAAGCUCACUUUUCUUGGGGUCCUGCCAUAUUCGGCCAGAUUGAUCCUCCCAAGUUCGGUGAUGGUAUAAGAGCUGUUG